CGUCGGCAAGCAAACUGAAGAAAAGACAGUUUGACGAAGUGCAAGAAAGACUUACUUUAUCCACUCAAGCAAGAAAUAUGCCAAAAUCCUCCCCCUUAGAACUCCUCAUCACAACAUACGUCAAGGUUGCUUUUGCAAGUCCCAUCAACUCUCCUGGUGGUAUGCUUUCGGCUUUGCGUGGAGGUCUUUUUGUCGCAGAUGAUCAUGUGAAAUCCGUGAAGGAGGACGCGAAACUCUUGCGCCAGAUCUUGGAGGUUUCUCAAUCUCUUCGAAGUGCUGGCGCAUGUAUCAUGAUGGGAGACGUUCCUCGAAUCUCCAAAAAGGGAGCGUCCAUGGGAUGCGCCGAAAAGGCGUCAUGGCAACGAGCCACUGAGAGCGAAUCUUUCAGAUCGACUUCAAGCGCACUCCUCAAAACAGCUUCGCGCUGCAAUAAAUCAAACACAAUCCUGAACCAUAGUUGGGAAGUUUUUGCACCUUGCGAGAUCUUACCGCCAAUCUGUUAAAACAAAGACUUAUCUCGAAUCUUCAAAUUCAAAGACAUUUUCAUCAUUGACUUAUAACUACUCCUUCAUGAUACAUACAAGGCUCUCAGAAAUCUAUCAAAGAAUUAUACUUUCUUUAUCCUACUGAUUGUUGAAUUGAUUCUCCUAAAAUCUUGUCCUUCAUGCCAUUCAUUGUGUCUCUCUUUAUUUUGAACCCCAAGAAUGGCCAGUGAGAUUUUGAAAAUAACGCCUUAUUAUCUGAAU